AGAAGCAUCACCCCUUAUCCUAGAAACGAAGCAUGGGCGUUGGUUGCCUCUCAUACCGAAGAAGGGAGAAGAAGAAGAAGGCAAUGGCAGCGGCGGCAGGAGAAGUGAGGCUGAUCGGGGCGUGGCCGAGCCCGUUCGUGCUGCGCCCGAGGGUCGCCCUCAACCUGAAGGGGGUGGAGUACGAGUUCCUGCAGGAGAAGUUCGGGGAGAAGAGCGAGCUGCUUCUCAGAUCCAACCCUGUGUACAAGAAGAUCCCCGUCCUCCUCCACCAUGACAAGCCCGUCUGCGAGUCGAUGAUCAUCGUGGAGUACGUCGACAGGGUCUGGGCUAAUUCCGGCCAGGCCAUCUUGCCUGCCGACCCCUACGAGCGCGCCCUCCACCGCUUCUGGUCCGUCUACAUCGACGACAAGUGGUUCCCGUCAAUAUUCGGCAUCGGAAAGGCUGAAACAGAGGAGGCCAAGGCCGAAUCCGCAGAGCAAGCGUGGGCCGGGCUGAAGCUGCUCGAGGAGGCGUUUGAGAAGCUGAGCAAGGGCAAAGCCUUCUUCGGCGGGGACACCAUCGGUUACGUCGACAUCGCUCUCGGUGCCUACCUGGGAUGGGCGAAUGUGAUCGAGCAGAUGACCGGCCUCAAGUUGUUCGACGAGGAGAAGACACCUCUGCUCGCGGUUUGGGCGGAGAGGUUCUGCGCCCACGAGGCCGUGAAGGAGGUGAUGCCGGAGACGGAGAAGCUGCUGGAGAUCGCCAAGAUGCGUCAGUAGAAAUAGGAGUCUCCCGCAAAUUAAAGACGAGGAAUGUAUUGAGAAUUGAUUCAGAGUAAUUGAGGCCGUGAAGGAGUGCAUGCUUGUUUUAAGUAGUGACACAUGAUCUUAUAAGUAGUGACACAUGAUCUUAUAGGAUAGUUUUUGUACCUAAUUCAAUCAUAUUUUAUAAAUAGAAUUAUAAUUCAUAAAGCAUGAAAAAUAUGUGUACUUGAUAAUAUCUUAUUAGUGUUUUAUGUCUUACCUUUUGUUUAAAUAUUAUAUCAAUUUUUUUGAUUGA